CACCUUUUUGCCAUGUUAAAAAGCAUUGAAACCGAAGUACAUUUUCAUUUGAACGAACCAACAAGGAAAUGCUCUCUUCUCUUUUAAUUCAUUAAACCACUGGACCUCGAGAUUGGGUAGAGUUCAAAGUAAAUCCAUCAAGUUAGAAAGCAAAGAAGACGACCUUUCGACGGAACAACGUCAAACCCGGUGACAUCUCUUGGAGUUACUGAAACGGAAUUCGUUGGUACCAAGGUCAUGUCAUCGUCUUUCUCGUCGCCUUUGUCAGUGGUAGCGUUGGUCUACGAAUCGAAGAAGAGCACCGGCCGUUGGUGGUUUCGAGGGUGUUGGGUAGAGUGUAUGGAAAGAGGGUGAAAGAGAGAGUGAGAGAGAGGGAAUCAGAGAGGGUAGUGAGAGGGAAAGAAGAGGUGGAAGAGGAAGUAACGUUGCAACGACACGAACACCAGGUGGCGCGUAUGCUAGCAAGAAAAUCGAUACUUAUCGCCUCGGAGCGUACGCUCGAGCGUCUUCCAGUACGCGACUCGUGUGCACGAGGUAAACACGGCACCCUAUGCCAAUUAGAAUGGAAUGAUACGUAAAGAGUGAGAGAGAAUUUCGUCACUUCCUGUCUGCUCGAUCGUAGAGCUAGCCAAGACAUGUACGGUUUCGUGAAUUACGCUCUCGAGCUCCUCGUUGUGAAGAACUUUGGCAGCAAAACAUGGGAUGAGAUAAAGAAAGAUGCUGCUGUUAAUAUGGACGGACAAUUUCUAGUACGACAAAUUUACGAUGAUGAAAUUACAUAUAAUCUUAUAGCAGCGGCUGUUAAUCGAUUGAACAUUCCUGCGAACGAUAUAUUGGAAUUGUUCGGACGAAUGUUCUUUGACUUCUGUCAGGAUUCUGGAUACGACAAAAUCCUUCAAGUUCUUGGGGCAACACCUAGAGAUUUUUUGCAGAAUCUAGAUGCUCUUCACGAUCAUUUGGGUACAUUGUAUCCUGGAAUGAGGGCACCAUCUUUUCGAUGUACAGAAAGACCAGAGGAUGGUGCUUUGGUAUUGCAUUAUUAUUCGGACCGACCGGGUUUGGAAUAUAUCGUUAUUGGAAUUGUUAAGACCGUGGCGAAAAAGCUUCACGGGACAGACGUGGACAUGGAGAUCCUGAAGACGAAAAACGAAUGUGAUCAUGUUCAAUUUUUGAUAACCAAUACAUCGGGACCCGGUGUCGUUUCAAAUUCUAUGAUCGUCGAACAUGAAAUGUUGUCUGCUGAACCAAAGGUGAGCCCGACUACGUUUUGCAGAGUGUUUCCUUUCCAUAUUAUGUUCGACCGGGAUCUCACAAUAGUGCAAACAGGCUACACCAUCACUCGUAUUUUACCACAGGUCUGCAGUGAUAAUUGCAAAUUAACCGACAUACUUUUCGCCGUCAGGCCGCAUUUGGAAUUAACAUUUGAAAACAUACUGUCACACAUAAACACUGUCUACGUGUUGAGGACUAAAAAAGGAGCGAUGCGUGUUGCAUCCUCGGAAGAAUACGCGUAUCUACGUUUGAAGGGUCAAAUGUUGUACAUACCUGAGAGUGAUCUGACGAUUUUCCUUUCUUAUCCCAGUGUCAUGAAUCUCGACGAUCUUACGAGACGUGGUUUAUUCCUGAGCGAUGUGCCACUACACGAUGCAACGAGGGACCUCGUCUUGAUGUCGGAGCAGUUUGAAGCGGAUUAUAAGUUGACAAGAAACUUGGAAUUACUCACCGAUAAGCUACAGCAAACGUAUCGUGAACUCGACGGUGAGAAGCAAAAGACCGACAGGUUACUAUACUCUGUAUUGCCGAUUUCCGUGGCGAACGAACUUAGACAUUCGAGGCCAGUACCUGCGAAGAAAUACGAUUGCGUGACACUUCUCUUUUCGGGAAUCGUUGGGUUUGGUGCUUAUUGUGCAGCUCAUACAGAUUCUGGUGGUGCUAUGAAGAUUGUUAACAUGCUCAAUCAAUUGUAUACUGCUUUCGACGUCCUCACGGAUCCAAAGAAGAAUCCCAAUGUUUACAAGGUGGAAACUGUAGGCGACAAAUAUAUGGCGGUGAGCGGAUUACCGGAGCCAUGUCGUUGUCAUGCACGAUGUAUAGCACGACUUGCGCUCGAUAUGAUGGAUCUUGCCGCGGACGAGGUACAAAUCGAUGGAGACCCUGUGAAAAUCACCAUCGGUAUACACAGUGGCGAAGUUGUAACUGGAGUAAUCGGACAUCGUAUGCCACGAUAUUGUCUAUUUGGAAAUACCGUAAAUCUUACUAGUCGAACAGAAACCACCGGAGAACCUGGUAAAAUAAAUGUUUCGGAGGAUGCUUACAGGUACUUGUGCAUGCCAGAGAAUCAAGAUCCACAAUUUCUGUUGGAAUAUAGGGGUCCGGUUACUAUGAAAGGAAAAUCAGAACCGAUGAACGUAUGGUUCUUGUCUAGAGAAGUGGAGUUAAAUUCAUAAAACGAUCACAAAGAAGAAUAUUUCUGUCCAUCAUAAUCGUCGAGACUAUCGUUAUAGCAAUAAAACAGGAGAUCCCGAUAGACCAUUAGCUUCUACAUAAAAUAUUAUAAAGUGAAAUAAAAUCGUUAAUUGCAGGAAGAGCUCCGUAAGAUCUCACUGUUUAUGAACAUCGAUUAAUCUCGUCGUUCGUUUUUCACAAUAUGUAUAUGUUGAUAUCUGUCGCAUUUUGCCUCAUAAGAAAAGUUUACAGUUCUUUGACAUUUAGAUGUCUUACCGUCGAGUAUUUAAAAAAUUUUCUUUAUUAGUUAAUUAUAUAUUCUAUAUUAUAUAUAUAUAUAUAUAUAUAUAUAUAUAUAUAUAUAUAUAUAUGUAUAUAUACGUAUAUGUAUACAUAUGUGUAUGUAUUCUGAGUGAUAAGAAAUAUAAUCAUCAGAGAUUUAAACAUUCAUUGAUAAUAAUAUUUGACAUAUGAAUAAGUCGAUCGCUAAUGAAGAUCAAUUAAAGGAAAUUUCUUUUAAAUAAGGUCAUAAUAAUUUCUUAAAAUUUCAUACGAUCGAAAAGGUCGACGAAGUUCGAUCAUAUUGACUUGGAUAGAUUCGAAGAAAUCUUAAAAUAAAAAAUAAACAGCUAUGACCAGAAACCCACAGGAAUGUAAACGGUUAAAAGAUAUAACGGAACCUGUUUCGAUCUUCUACAUGACCCAUGCACGUCACAAGGUCAAUCGAAUAGGUACCGUAAAAGUGUUAAUUGUUCGUCUGUCAUAAUUCUUCUUUUAUUAAUACGACGUAUCUUCUUCACUUUGUCUUAGAAAAUAGUUGAAACGUACUGUCGGAUCGUUAAAGUCUAGAAAACGAUGUUAGGAUGUUCUUUUUUAUUUUAGAAAAUUAUGCGUUUCUAUAAGCUAUGCUUUAUUGGCAAUAUUCGUCAUGUUCAUUAUAGUGAUUCGUAUAAUCGCAUUACUACCAUAGCCAAGUGGUAUGUGGUAUACAAGUUUCACGUUGUCCAAGAAAAAGUGAACACACUACUCUCGACCGGUUUACCGAGUGAGGCACGCAGAAAAUAAGGCUAUAUAAUAAAACACAUACGAUAUCGACCUCGGGAUUAGGCAGUUUAUGUAUAUGAGCAACUUGCAUCGAAUACAAUUGUUAUGGAUAAAUGAAUGGUUGAUGUUAGAUAAAUUAGACGAAACAGAUGGACGAAUGAAUAGAUAUUUCUUAUCGUAUCUCGAUAGUUUGAUGGAUAAUAUUAUACUUGGCAAUUUUUUUUUUUUUUUUUAAUGAAGAUUAUAAGCCUUUCAGGAGAAAGUGGGAAGAACAAUGUUGAUUCGUAUUGUUUUCCUUUUCUUUUUUUUUUUUCUUUUUUUAAAUCUAGCUUACGAGUAAUGACUUAAAACGACGCUAAAACGAAAUUAUACCCUGAAGGAAUGAUAUCGUUAAUAUAUUCAACGAUGCAAAAAAAAUAUGACGUUCAAAGUUAAUUAUGUUAGAUAUCGCUUACACGUUAUUUUAUUGUUUUUUUUUAAAAAUGAUCUCAGGUGUUUUUACGAUACGUUCGACGCAAGUCGUUCUCUGAAUGUUUCAUUAUUUUUAUCUACUUUUCAUGUAAAUAUUUGUCAUCGAAUGAAAUCAGUCGUAUUAUUCUGGUAAAUAUUUAUCUAUUAAUUUAUUUUACAAUGUUAAUAUAUUUUAUAAACAAUGUUUUUCGAUGAUUCUUGUGCGAUUUAUAUUUAACAUUAAAUUUAACAAUCAUAUAA